CCUUAUCAUAAAUUUGUCUCAGUAUGUGUAUAUUUAAAUGUACAAUGCGGUCAUUUCUGUUCCUCGUAGUUCUAUGUUGCAAAUUAAGAAUCAGUGUUUCCGUCACUUGCCCAAAUGAUUGUCAUUGGAAUGGGAAGUGUGACACUAAUAGUGGUAAAUGCCAGUGUUUUGAGGGUUUUAUUGGUAAUGAUUGUGCUGUUGAUUGUGGAUGUAAAGGUCACGGGACAUGUAAAUCUGACAACACCUGCCUCUGUCAAGAUGGUUGGAAAUGGUAUGCAGCGCAGCACAAAUGUAUCUGGGAUUGCCAGUGUCCAAAUGGGAUACAGUGUAUUGGUCCUGGUAUAUGCGGCUGUUCUACAAACUGUCAUCAAGGUACUUGCUGGAAUGGUCAGUGUGAAUGUUUUGAGGGCUACAGUGGAAAUGACUGUUCUCAUUAUAACCCGAACAUCAUGGCAAAUAAGGAUGUGUCUGUUGGUAUAAACGUUGGAGGUCUAUCGUAUUAUUCAUCUGAGCUGAAAUAUGUGGAUAUUGCUAAACUUUCUCAGUCCUGGAUUACACAGAGAACCAGUGGACCCAACGCAAAUAAAUGGGAUACAAAUGAACAAAAUUUGGUCAAUUGGAGAAAUGACGGAUACCCUGCUUCUCUACAAGAUAAUAUGAGAUUAGGGAAAUUGAUGUUAAGAAGUACCAUUGGCCUCUAUGCUCCAAAAGGGAAUUACACUCUGUUGUACGACGGAGAGGGCGACAUAUCUUUCAGAUUUGCCCAUGAACACAUCAUGUUUAAUGGCAAAGGUAGAAUGGUUAUAAAUAUAAACGAAGGAAAAAAUGGCAUCGACCUUAUUCUCAGCAGAACAAAUCCAGCCAACCCUGUUCGAAAUGUUCGUUUUAUUAUGCCAGGAUUUGAAGAUCGAUACGAGAAAUUUCCUUUUUAUCCACCAUUUUUGGAAACUAUCAAACGAUAUUCUCAACUACGUUAUAUGGACUUUUUACACACUAAUGGACAUACGCCUGAACCUACAACAUGGGACGACAGACGCAAACAGGAACAUCAUACACACACGGGAUCAGAAGGGGCAGCUAUUGAACACAUGAUAGAUUUGAGCAAUCGUAUUGGUGCAAAUCCAUGGUUUAAUAUGCCUCAUGCUGCAGAUGACAACUUCAUCACCCAGUUUGCUAAGUUAGUUGAGAAUACCCUUCGAAAUGAUCUAAAGAUUUACAUUGAAUAUUCAAACGAAGUAUGGAAUGGAAUAUUUCGACAGACUCAUUAUACCCAGGAACAAGGCACGAAGCUUAACCUAGAUCCACAAAGCUGGAAAGCAGGAAUGAAAUACUAUAAUAAGAGAUCUUCCGAAAUCAUGCAAAUUUGGAAAACGGUUUUCGGAUCACAACCUGACAAAAUUGUAACAGUUUGGGCAUGGCAGACAGGUAACCAAGACUACACAAGACAAGCCAUUGAGGAUUUGGGAAAUAGAACACGAAACUUUAAAGCAAUAGCUAUUACUGGUUAUUUCGAUUGCAAUAAUCUCGCAGGCAAGCAUGCAGCAGAGAUGUUAAACAUGUCGAAUAUUCAAAUGGAGACAUAUUGCAAUAAUCAAAUGUCGCAAUCAGAGUCGUCAUUUCAAUAUUUUAUGGACCUCGCCAAGAAACAUGGACUUAAACUUCUGAUGUACGAAGGCGGACCAUCAAUUAUGGAAGGCAGUGCUAUUGCCCAAGGAUUAAGUCACGACGACGUCACGAAUAAAGCAAUCGCUUUUAAUAGAGAUCAACAUAUCAAGUCUGUAGUAGAUAAUCUUCUUGAAGCUUGGUAUAAGAUCGUGAUUAAUGAUCCACAAAAUUCAUCACCAGGUGGAUUGUUCAAUUAUUUUUCCUCCACUGGCACUCCAUCAAAAUAUGGCAGUUGGGGAAUGCUUGAGUACACCGGACAAGAUCCUGGAACAGUACCUAAGUAUGUAGCGACUCAGAGUUUCAUUACGCGACAUUAUAGUCAUAGUCCUGUAGAUAUACCAUGCAGUUUUCUUCAGCAGUCGACCCUUGGCUAUGGCUGUUUCUUACAGAAACGUGGAGCUCUUCGUUGGCGUUGUGCUGUAACGGACGAUGAUGGCACCACUUGGUCGUACUACCCAGACGUUGGCAACACUGGAGAUACUCUUGUACUAGAUGGAUUUAACCCUACUACAUAUACAGUGUAUGUCAGAUCGGUAAACAAGAUAGGGGUCAACAAAUAUCACAGCAUAGACACACGAACAACAAAUACAUGGAAAACCUAUACAAGCUUUGAUUACUACAGUUCAGUAGCAUCCAGAAAAACACAACGUCGACUUCCUAACGGUGUAUACAACUAUUUAGAUACACAAGCCAGAUGUUCUUGACAAAUCUAAUUAAUCCAGCUCUCUCAGCGCAGUUUGUCAUUUCAAAAUAAAAUAAAAUAAAAAUUAUUUGUUCAA